GAGGGUGAAGAUGAGACGCGACAUCGACGAGCACCAAUGAGAAUGUUGCUUAAAAAAGGGGAAGAAAUUAGGGAUUUAUAGUCGAACAAGGGUGACAGUACGAGGGGAUUGGUGGGCGAGGCUCCGCCUACGUCCCUUGCCACCCUUACGGUUUCGGGCUCUCGACUACAUCGCGCUAAAAUUCAAAGCUUUUACCCUGUUUUCUAUAAACCCGAGCUUAUUGAAUUACAGAUGAUCAUUUGAUUUGGUAACUCGCCGUGGAAACGUAUUCGUUAAAUAGUUUUAAAUUAUUACACGUUUUUCUUCUUGUUCUUUUUCCUCCUUUUCAUUCACCGCGACGUCUUCGGUUUUAAGGUAAUUUUCGCUUCUUAAGUAUUUUCGUGGAAAAGAGAGAAAAUUUCGCCCCGGUUCGUCGUGUCGUGUGCUAAUCUUCCGCUCUUCCUUUUCCUUAUCAUAUUAUUCGCAUAAUUCGAUAUAGAGUUUUUGAUUCAAUUAGCAAACGUCUGGCCUUUUUACCCUUUUCUCCGCUUUCUAAACAUUUCGUUGCUUAUUCGCAGCGUCUCGCUCUCUUUGCUGGUGGAAAAUUUAGUUAUCUUUAAUAACGUUAGCGGUGAAUUUAAUUUUCGGUCUUGGAAAUUUUUUUUAUCAAAUUAAAACAUCGUCGUCGUGCGCCCCGUGUGCGGUAUAAUACGAAAAUGCAACCUGAAACCUCUUAAUUACAUGUACACGUACACGUAACCUGCAACCUGCACCUUACACCGAACGUGCGUGAAAAACAUUCGAAAAUCAUGGAUUACAGUUAUCUCAAUCAAGCUGCGGCUAAUUUCGAUGCAACAGCAUGUUCGCUGUCGACUACCGGAAUGGAUCCGACCGGUUUGGGAUCCUGUACUUAUGGAGAUCUGGCCUCCUGCAGCCAGAUGUCUCAAGCCUACAGAUCGUAUACCGCCGCAUCGAUGGCUAGAAGUUAUAAUCAUACUGCCAAUACCGGUCCGGCUAUGGGUCAUUCUUUGACCACCGGAUCUAUGGGACAGUGUGCCAUUAUGGGAUCCAGGGGACAUCAAGAUCAUCAAAGAUCCUCUAUGUUUCCAUCGAUGAAUUUACAAGGCGGAUUACCAUACAAAGUAUACGCGCACGAUUCAUCUCUAACGGAGAAACGAAAACAACGCAGAAUUCGAACCACGUUCACGUCUGCCCAAUUAAAAGAACUUGAACGAGCAUUUCAAGAAACCCAUUACCCGGAUAUAUAUACCAGAGAAGAAAUCGCCAUUAAAAUCGAACUAACCGAAGCUCGCGUUCAGGUUUGGUUUCAAAAUCGAAGAGCCAAGUUUCGAAAACAAGAAAGAUUAGCUCAGCAAAAAGCCAGUCAAUCAUCCAACUCGACCAAUGACAACCUCAACUGCAGCAACGCGGUAAAAAAUGAGAAUAAAAGUAACGGCUGCUUAACCAAAGAUAUGAAACCAUCGACUCCGUCCACACCAAAUUCAAAUACCAGUUUAUCGUCCAGCAACGGCGAUCUUAAAUCCAUAAGUAGUAAUUCAGGUAAAAUAUCCGAUUCCGAGAGCCAACAAACCAAUAACAACAACAACACCAAUAAAUGGUCGCUAUCGAUAACGUCGUCGGCGUCAUCGCAGCCACAUUCAAUAUGUAACACCAUUAGCAACACUAGUCCAUCCUCUGGUUCGGCAUUACUAAUGCAUCAUGCUCAAAAAGCUUUCUCUCAUCAGCAACAUCAUCACCAACCGUUAAACCACCAUCACCCGUUUUCCAGCCUAUUAGGGGCAGCCGCAGCCGCCGCCAAUCCGGCUUAUUUAUUGGGAGCUACAGGCCAUACGGCGCCUACGGCUAAUCAUCUGUUUUAAUGUGCCAAAAUUUUAAGGCAACUUCGCGUGAUAAGACUGAAAUGUAAUUUUUUUUCUUCAAUUUUUUUCUAUAAUUUGUUUUUUCAAUUUACCAACCCGAAGAAAAUGUAUACGUCAAUCGUAGAAAAACAUAGGUUUCGAUUGCGUGUAGGUACCUAUUUGUCUCGAAUUUUGGCUAUUUCUGAUUUUGAAUACCUACAAUAUAACAAUUACUUCGCAAUUUUCAUCAAUUAAAUGUAAUUUUAUUUUCUUCGUAUAUAGUUGUGAUUUUGUCAUACAAUGUUAAUUCAAAAAGUCACCAGAAAACGCCGUAAUUGUUUUGGAAUUAUUUAAAUAAUUACCUAUAUGCCUUCCAAACAAUCAAAAAACACACAUACCAUUUAUACUAUACUGUCCGUAAUUUAGAUUAAUUUUCUAUUCGUUGUAAAUAAUAUAUUAAUGUGAUGUAUUUAUUUUAUGGUUGUAUAAAUCUGUCGUACCUACAUUGGAAUUUUAUU